AUGAAGCGCAAUUGUCCGACAUGGGAACAAUCUGGCAAUAAGGAAGAACAAAAGAAGAAUGACAAGUACAUCCCAGCCAGAGUCUUCACCAUCACCCAAGAUAAAGCUGAGACAAGCCCAUCUGUCGUAAUAGGUCAGAUCCCUAUGGCCAAUACCAGAUGUAAAGUUUUAUUUGAUUCUGACCUGAAUGUAUUAGAUUUAUCUGAUUUUGAUGUAAUUCUGGGGUUGGAUUUUCUUUCCAAAUACGGAGCAUUUAUCAACUGCAAACGCAAGAAAGUGGUCUUUGCACCAGAAGGUGGAGAUCUGUUUGAGUUCGAAGGCAUAAGCAAGAAACCCAGAACUCCUAUCAUAUCAGCGAUGAAAUCCAGAGAAAUGUUGCAACACGGAUGUUUAGGGUAUCUCUUGAAUAUGGUCAAUGAAUCCGAAGAGACAGAAAAGAGACUUGAAGAGACAAGAGUUGUAGCUAAGUCCCUCGAUGUAUUUCCAGAAGAACUGCAAGGUUUACCAUCGCACAGGGAGAUAGAAUUUGUAAUCGAUUUGAUGCCCGAGACAACACCAGUAUCUCGAGCACCAUACAGAAUGGCACCAAUUGAAAUGAAAGAGCUCAAAACUUAA